CAGUUGAAGUGUGCUGCAUCUCUGAAGGAUCUCCGAGCACUAAAUGAAUCCGUGUUUGGCGAAAACAUCACAGAGGAGCAGCGCAAAGUUAUCUGCGGAAAGGAAAAUUUUCCCGUAACAAGGGCAUCUGCCUCUCUCUCCGGCUGCCAGCAUGAUGAAGGACUGCCUGCAGUUCCUUAUCGAGCCGGCCAAAAAGCUCAAGAUCCGACUCAAGGAGUCCCGUAAGAAAGUGAAACUUGAGAAAAAGGAGCCACUGGUAGAGAGUCAGUUAUUUAUCAUGGAACUGGCCCGAGAGCUCAACAAAAUUUGCCAGAGAUCAAACAUCCUAGGCCACAUCUGGACCAGUGAGGACAUCUGGCCGGCCAGUGUGUGUCGUGAUUUCAUUGUGGAAUGGGCUGCUGUGUUGGAGAAGAGAGUACAGCCGAGGAUCAUCCUGUCUGAAUACCAGUAUGAGAAACCAGAGAAGAAAGACUGGAAGGGACACCUCCUGUGCAUGCUGGAGGCAGGCGGGGAGUGCGACAUGGGGGCCCACAAAAGAGUCAUCAUGGACUGGACGCGAGAGAUUAAGAGCAGACCUCAGCCCACCGUCUGGCCAGGUGAGCCUGUGCUCAUGAUGCUAGAUGACCUGGAGUUCCAGUGGAAGAGGGGGCGUCUCCCCAACCUGCUCCCAGCCAUGGAGCUUGUCAUGCUGGCCGUGAUGAACGCCGACAGCCCUGUCAAGGAGGACGUGACAAAGCAAUGGCUGGUGAGAAAGCAGAAGAGCCAGAAGACCGAUGCUGUCCGUUACAUUCCCCACAGUGUGUGGAACUGGAUUUGCGAUGCCGCAGAGAACGUCACUUUGGACUCUGACACAGCCAACCCAGACCUCCUCAUCUCCGGUGAUGAAAAGCGUAUGCGAUGCGGCCUGGAGCGCCGGGCAGUCCCACGAUGCCCAAGACGCUUCGACGGCUGGUGGUGUGCAGUGGGCCAGGAGGGCUACUCCUCUGGACGCCACUACUGGGAGGUGGAGGUGGGUGAGCGGGAUUGGCGGUUGGGCGUGGCCAAGGCGUCUGCGGUGAGGCAGGGCUUCCGCCCGCUCACCACGGAAACAGGCUACCUGACCCUCCGUCUUGAGAGGGGCACAGAUCUGAAAGCCCUGACAGUGCCCGUCACCCCGCUGUCACAGAGCCUGGUGCCCAGGAAGGUAGGGGUGUACCUGGACUAUGAGCAGGGCCAGCUGUCUUUCUACGACGUGGAGAAGCGCUCCCACCUGUACACCUACACUGAGAAGUUCACAGAGGAACUGUACCCUGUGUUUGGGACUGUGGAGGUGGUCAAAGACCUGGUGAUCAGGCCUGCAGACGUCAGACAGCCGUGCCUCUGCCCCGGGCCCUGCCUCUGGACCUGAACUGCUAAACACACAACAGUCACUCCUCAGUCCUGAUCCUCAGCAGCCCACUGAGUCUGUGCUUUUGUUCUGGUUCGUUAUUCAGUGAAUUUGUGUGCUGGUUCUGGACUAAAAGUCUGACUCUUUCUGCGGGUUGCCUUGUGGGGUCACGCAGGGACAUGAACCGCCAUCAUUCUGCAUUACAUUUUCUUUUACUCUGCCUUCACAGAGACAUACAGUGUUUGACUGUUUGUAUUGUAAGGAUGAAUAUUUAAGGCUGUCAGGGCAAAACCUCAAAAACAGCCUUGUUUUUAGCUUUUUUUCACACCGUCUGGUAAGCUUUGAGAGGGUUCACAAGUCCUUGACCCACAAUGAAAAAUAUGUUUUUUAAUUUAAAGGAAAACACAUCUAAGCUGUAAUUGCAAGGUUUUCCUGCCAUAAUGGAGAUACGGAAAUGUAUUUUUUGAUUGCUUUUUUAUGACUUAGAGAUGAAACUUGCAAACUAACUUUACAAAUGUUAUAAAUGCAUGAAGACACUGAAGGGAUGUGUGAUCAGCUACUCUUAGCUCCAGUGCAGUGAAACAGUGCAGCUUGCUAAUGUGCACAAGCAGAUAAUGACAGACUGAUUUGGCGCAUGUGAAGAGUUAAUUCUCACUCUGUUUGCUUCUUCGUCUCCUGCAAACAUUUGUCAGGCUUGUUUCCGCAGCUGUGUUUAUGUUUAUUGUGUGUAAUAUUAAGAUGGCUUUUAUUUCUCCCAAACAUCAAUAAAUUAUCUGCA